CCUGGCGCCUUAUUUGUUGAUUACUUGCAGUUUUUGGGCGGAUUGGACACAAAAUCAAAAAUGUUUUCAAUGCGUAAUGGGGGGCUCCUCGAGAGAGUAGGCGCGAACAGUGCGGCCAAUCCCGAUGCCCGAAUUCUCCUCGAUGGAUCCGAUUGGGUAGCCCCUGAUUCUUGGUCUCAGAAUUUCGUUGUGGUCCAGGAUCCAUUCAUGCCAAAUGAAAAUCUUACUUCCAACCUGUCCAAAUCCCAAUGGACUGAAUAUAGAAAUCUGGCAAAAACAUUCAGCCAUUUCCUCAGGUCGAAACCUCUGUGGCUCGCGUUCGGACCUGACCACCUGUUCCCCCAACCCCAACCACCCCCAGAUCCUAUGAUCGAUCGUCACAUUGAAUCCUUCUACCUUGGAUCUAGACCCUCCAAAGAGGUGACGGCAUCGCGGAUGCGUACCAUUCAAAUUAUCGAAAAGAUCAUUCAGCAGACAUUCGGGGCGUCAUAUACGGUGCAACCGUUCGGUAGCACGGUAUAUGGCGUAGACUCCCCAUCAACAGAUCUAGAUCUCGUCAUAGUCGACGUAGAUCAUGCAAACGGUUUUGCUCCAAAUGUUGAUAUACAACGCCUCCCAGCUGUGUACAACAUGCGUAAACUAGCCGCUGCCCUUCGGCGAGCUGAAUUCAUCGGUAUUAGAGCAAUACCUGGGGCAUCCACUCCCAUCGUCAAAGCAACCCAUCCCACCAAUAGGAUCCAGGUCGACAUUAAUGCUAAUGAGCAACUGGGUCUCUACAAUACAGUACUGAUUGGCUCCUACUGCCAAAUCUAUCCGAUGCUUCGACGGCUCAUCUUUUUCAUUAAGCAAUGGGCGAAGUCCCAUGCCCUCAGUGAUCCAUCAGGUGCCCAUGGACCCAAGAGUAUGAGCAGCUAUUGCUAUACUCUCAUGAUAAUUUCAUGGCUGCAAACAAUCAAUGUCUUGCCCAAUUUGCAGGCUGACCUCCCUCCCGCCGGGGAUGGAGAAGGAUUUUGGAUACGAGCAAAAGCAGGCCGUGUGUGGUGUGAUAAUCGAUUUGAGCGACGCCUUCCACCAAAGCGGAGUCGCCGAUAUUUCGACAUUGGCGAAUUGCUUCUGGGUUGGUUUGAUUACUGGGGCACUAGACAUCAGUAUGCCACUCAAGGAAUGAGCAUCCGCCAUGGCGGGCGAAUAAUGCGCCAAAACCCUGUUGCUGUGUCGAGCGGCGCCAUACCUUUUCAGCCGACCCACUUCAGUGAAGGCCAACCAGUCGCCGCCUAUCGAUUCAACCAUUUGUAUUCUCACUUGGCGGAUGAUACCCUCAAAAAGAACCAGGAGCCUUCCGGAUCUUAUCAAUCAGGCAAUCGAAAGGCAAGAGGCACCAGAACAACAACAGAAGAGAGCAUGUCAGUGGAUGAAGUAGGAAUCACCGAGGAGAAUUUCCGUGGCAUGGAAAUGCUUGGGGAGGGAAACCCAACGCAGUCACCGAAGUCAAAUUCUGUACUGGCUGAAAAGGCUGAGGUAGGCGAUGCUAGCGAAGGAUACAAAGGCACCGAGGAGGAUGCAGAAGACGCAGAAGACGCAGAAGACUUGGACGUGAAUCCUUCUGAUGGGGAACCUCCACAAUGGAAGAAUAGCUUAUUGCUUGUCGCUGAUCCAUUCAUUUCCGCCAAGAACGCAGCUGGGGGUAUACGACCUGAAGUCAUAGCAAGAUUUCGAUCGGAAUGUGUUCGCUCUGCACAAGUGAUUACUGGUGGAAGACCCAUUCAGGAGACAUUUGGGUCCUCGGAAGCCAUUGAGGCUCUCAAACAAGUUUUGGCUCGACGGGGAGAACAGUUAUCCUCCUUCCCGCCCGCAGAUGAUCCUAUGUUGCAUUACCGAUCGAUUGAAGAGAAACGAAGGGAGGAGGAACAGGAGAAACAGAAGGGGAAACAAAGGGAGAAACAAGGGGAAGAGAAACAAAAAGGGGGGAAAAGGCGAUGGGAACCGAGGUUCGUACGAACACGCUUUUUAGACAUGUUAAAGAAGACCCAAGUGACACUGGUGCUGUAACACCAUAAGGAAUAAGCAACGAAAGAACGCGGCUUCAAAAGCGCAGAAAUCAACCACACCAACCAUUAAGACGUAACACUGCCAAAUUGCUCGGCAAGAUGUUCGUUAGCUGGAUUGUAAGUGAAUCCACGGAACUGGUCCUGCACAGUCUCGGACAGGUUUGAGUCGGUGACGAGACUGUCCGCUGCUACUUCCGAUGUGAA